AUGAGGCGACUCGGGGGCGUCCGCCCGCCUCCUCCUCCUCAGCCGCUGUUGCUGCUGCUGUUGGGAGUCCUUUUCUACGUGCGAGGUGCAGGCAGCAGCAGCAGCAGCAGCAGCGGCGCAGAGUGCGCUUGUGGACGAAACCACUUCACCUGUGCUGUUAGUGCUUUUGGCGAAUGCACUUGCAUCCCUGCUCAGUGGCAGUGCGACGGUGACAAUGACUGCGGGGACCACAGUGAUGAAGACGGCUGCAUGCUGCCCACUUGCUCCCCCUUGGAUUUUCACUGCGACAACGGCAAGUGCAUCCGUCGUUCAUGGGUCUGCGAUGGAGACAAUGACUGUGAGGAUGACUCCGAUGAGCAAGACUGCCCUCCACGGGAGUGCAAGGAGGAUGAGUUUUCGUGCCAGAACGGAUACUGCAUACGCAGCCUGUGGCACUGUGAUGGUGACAACGACUGCGGGGACAACAGCGAUGAACAAUGUGAUAUGAGGAAGUGUUCGGACAAGGAGUUCCGCUGCAGCGAUGGCAGCUGCAUUGCCGAACACUGGUUCUGUGAUGGGGAUACAGACUGCAAGGAUGGAUCAGAUGAAGAGAACUGCCCAUCAGAUAUUCCAGCAGCAACAUGUAGCCUGGAGGAGUUCCAGUGUGCAUAUGGGCGCUGUAUCCUGGACAUCUACCACUGUGAUGGAGACGAUGACUGUGGGGACUGGUCUGAUGAAUCUGACUGCUCCUCUCACCAGCCAUGCCGCUCAGGCGAGUUCAUGUGCAACAAUGGUUUGUGCAUCAAUGCUGGAUGGAGAUGUGACGGUGACUUUGACUGUGACGAUCAGUCGGAUGAGAAGAAUUGCACUACGUCUAUGUGCACAGCUGACCAGUUCCGCUGUAAAUCCGGCCGCUGUGUCCGCCUGUCUUGGCGCUGCGAUGGGGAGGAUGAUUGCACUGAUUACAGCGAUGAAGAAAACUGCGAGGACACAGGAAGUCCCCAGUGUGCCCCAGAUCAAUUUCUGUGCAGAAAUGGACGCUGCAUUGGUCAAAGAAAGCUGUGCAAUGGUGUAAAUGACUGUGGAGAUGGCAGCGAUGAGAGUCCUGACCAAAAUUGCCGUCUUCGAACUGGAGAAGAAAACUGCAACCUCAGCAACGGGGGCUGCGCCCAGAAGUGCCAGAUGACUCGAGGGACAGUGCAGUGUACCUGCCACACAGGUUACAGGCUCCUGGAGGAUGGGAGGUCAUGCCAAGACGUGAAUGAGUGUGCUGAGGAAGGCUAUUGCAGCCAGGGAUGCACCAACAAUGAGGGUGGCUUCCAGUGCUGGUGUGAGCAAGGCUACGAACUUCGCCCGGACAAGCGCAGCUGUAAAGCCCUGGGGCCGGAGCCUGUGUUGCUUUUUGCCAAUCGGAUUGAUAUCCGGCAGGUCUUGCCCCACCGGUCAGAGUAUACCUUGCUGCUGAACAACCUGGAGAAUGCUAUCGCCCUUGAUUUCCACCAUAGCAAGGAGUUAGUCUUCUGGUCUGAUGUCACACUGGACCGCAUCAUGAGGGCUAAUCUCAAUGGCAGCAACGUGGAGGAAGUGGUGUCCACAGGGCUGGAGAGCCCAGGUGGAUUGGCCAUUGACUGGAUCCAUGACAAGCUGUACUGGACAGACUCUGGAACUUCUCGCAUUGAAGUGGCAAACUUGGAUGGCACCCACCGGAAGGUGCUCCUCUGGGAGAACCUGGAGAAACCUCGCGCAAUUGCCCUUCACCCCAUGGAGGGCACCAUCUACUGGACAGACUGGGGAAAUACUCCCCGCAUCGAAUACUCCAGCAUGGAUGGCUCCAAUCGACGUAUCAUUGCUGACACUCAUCUUUUCUGGCCAAACGGGCUAACCAUUGACUAUGCAGGGCAUCGAAUGUAUUGGGUGGAUGCCAAGCAUCACGUUAUUGAGAGGGCUGACUUGGAUGGACAGAACAGGAAGGCUGUUAUUAGCCAAGGCCUUCCACAUCCGUUUGCCAUCACGGUGUUUGAAGACAGCCUGUACUGGACAGAUUGGCAUACCAAGAGCAUAAACAGCGCCAACAAGUUUACUGGCAAGAACCAGGAGAUCAUCCGCAACAAGCUCCACUUCCCCAUGGACAUCCACACGUUGCACCCUCAGCGUCAACCAGCAGCAGGGAGAAACCGUUGCGGAGCCAACAAUGGGGGCUGCACUCACCUGUGUCUACCAAACAACACGUCGUACACCUGUGCUUGCCCCACAGGCUUUCGGAAGACCAGCAGCCACACCUGUGCUCAGAGUCUUGACAAGUUCCUGCUUUUUGCCCGAAGGAUGGACAUCCGUCGUAUCAGCUUCGACACAGAAGACCUGUCUGAUGCCGUCAUCCCCUUGGCCGAUGUGCGCAAUGCAGUGGCCCUGGACUGGGAUGCAAAGGAUGAUUAUAUCUACUGGACGGACGUCGGCACUGAUUCCAUUAGUCGGGCAAAAUGGGAUGGAACAGGACAGGAGGUUGUGGCAGAUAGCAGCCUGGAAAGCCCUGCUGGUCUGGCUGUGGACUGGGUCACCAACAAGUUGUACUGGACAGAUGCAGGAACAGACCGGAUAGAGGUGUCUAACACAGAUGGAACUAUGCGGACUGUACUGAUCUGGGAGAAUCUAGACAGACCCAGGGAUAUUGUGGUGGACCCUGUUGGAGGAUUCAUGUACUGGACUGACUGGGGGGCUAACCCGAAGAUUGAGCGUGCAGGCAUGGACGCCUCUGACCGCUUGGUGAUCAUCUCUUCCAACCUGACCUGGCCCAAUGGACUAGCCAUUGAUUAUGAAUCUCAUCGUCUGUACUGGGCAGAUGCCGGCAUGAAGACAAUUGAGUACGCUGGCCUGGAUGGCAGCAACAGGAAGGUGCUGAUUGGAAGCAACCUGCCUCACCCCUUUGGGCUUACUCUUUAUGGAGCUCGGCUGUACUGGACCGAUUGGCAGGCAAAGAGCAUCCAGAGUGCUGACAAAAGGACAGGGCAGAAUCGUGAAACUCUGCAGGACAACCUGGAAAACCUCAUGGACAUCCACGUCUUCCAUCGGCACAGGCCUUCAGUACGUACAGAAUGCACAGUUAAUAAUGGUGGAUGCAGUCAUCUUUGCCUCCUGGCUCCUCUCCCUAAAGGUUACAGCUGUACUUGUCCCACCGGUAUCAACCUACAGCCUGAUGGCAAGACUUGCUUACCAGGUAUGACUAGCUUCUUGAUCUUUGCUAGAAGGUCGGAUAUUCGUCUGGUUUCGCUUGACAUCCCGUAUUUUGCCGACGUAGUUGUCUCGGUCAAUGUCACCAUGAAAAACGCUAUUGCCAUCGGAGUGGAUCCUCAAGAAGGAAAGGUCUAUUGGUCGGACAGCACACUGAGGAAGAUCAGCAGGGCUGCCUUAGAUGGAUCUCAGUAUGAAGAUAUUGUUACUACAGGGUUGCAAACCACAGAUGGACUAGCAGUGGAUGCUAUCGGUCGCAAAGUGUAUUGGACUGACACAGGGACCAAAAGGAUUGAAGUGGGCAACCUGGAUGGGUCAAUGAGGAGAGUUUUGGUAUGGGAAAACCUGGACAGCCCAAGAGCCAUUGCUCUGUAUCACGAGAUGGGUUUUAUGUAUUGGACGGACUGGGGAGAGAACGCCAAGCUGGAACAAGCUGGCAUGGACGGCUCCAGGCGCAUGGUGCUUAUCAACAACAACCUGGGAUGGCCAAAUGGACUGGCUGUGGAUCGAGCUGGAUCACAACUGCUCUGGGCUGAUGCACAUACUGAGCGCAUUGAGGCUGCAGACUUGAAUGGUGCAAACCGCCGCACCUUGCUGUCUCCAGUACAGCACCCUUACGGCCUCACUCUGCUGGAUUCCUACAUCUACUGGACAGAUUGGCAAACACGUAGCAUCCACAGGGCUGACAAGAACACUGGUGCUAACGUCAUCUUAGUCAGGGCAAACCUGCCUGGCUUAAUGGACAUCCAGGCUGUUGACAGAAAGCACCCUCUGGGUGCUAACAAGUGUGGAGUGAGGAAUGGUGGGUGCUCCCAUCUCUGCCUGCCAAAUCCUGAAGGCUUCUCCUGUGCCUGCCCUACUGGUAUCCAGUUGAAGAGUGACGAGAGGACCUGUGAUCCUUCUCCUGAAACCUACCUGCUGUUCUCCAGUCGAGGCUCUAUCCGCCGUAUCUCACUGGACACUAGCGAUCACACUGAUGUUCACGUUCCUGUCCCAGAGCUGAACAAUGUUAUCUCUCUGGACUAUGACAGUGUAGAUGGCAAGAUUUACUACACAGAUGUCUUCUUAGAUGUCAUCAGGCGAGCAGACCUUAAUGGCAGCAAUAUGGAAACAGUUAUUGGUCAAGGACUGAAGACUACAGAUGGUCUAGCUGUGGACUGGGUGGCUAGAAACCUCUACUGGACUGACACGGGCCGCAACACUAUUGAAGUUGCAAGACUAGAUGGCAGCUGCAGGAAAGUGCUAAUUAGUAACAAUCUGGAUGAACCCCGAGCAAUUGCUGUCUUUCCCAGGAAGGGAUACCUCUUCUGGACAGACUGGGGACAAGUCGCUAAAAUUGAGCGCGCAAACUUGGAUGGUUCUGAGCGCAAGAUAUUGAUCAACACUGACUUGGGCUGGCCCAAUGGGUUGACCUUGGAUUAUGAUACUAGGAGGAUUUAUUGGGUAGAUGCUCAUCUAGACCGCAUAGAGAGUGCUGAUCUCAACGGGAAGCUGCGUCAGGUCCUGGUCAGCCAAGUGUCGCAUCCCUUUGCCUUGACACAGCAAGACAGGUGGCUCUAUUGGACAGACUGGCAAACUAAAUCUAUCCAGCGAGUGGACAAAUAUUCUGGUCGGAAUAAGGAGACUGUGUUAGCCAAUGUUGAAGGACUUAUGGAUAUCAUUGUAGUCUCUCCUCAAAGGCAGACAGGCACCAACGCUUGUGGAGUCAGUAAUGGAGGCUGCACCCACCUCUGUUUUGCAAGAGCUUCUGACUUUGUUUGUGCUUGCCCAGAUGAACCAGAUGGGCGGCCUUGCUCAAAUGUUCCUGGCAUGGGGCCUCCAAUUCCCGAGACCACUCGUGCAAGCAAAAAGAGUCAGACUCCCGCUGGUAGAUCUGGCUCUUCGACAACCAAACCCCAUAUACCCUUGGAAACAACAGAAGCAAACUGCUCUGACAAAAAGGUUGGCCAAGGCUUGUGCAGCCGAGCAAGCGAAGCUGUGCCGGCAACCACCGGAGGACUGCACGUCAGUUACAUAAUUGGAGGCCUUCUCAGCAUAUUGAUCAUUCUGCUGCUAAUUGGUGCUGUGAUUAUAUACAGGCACAAGAAGUCCAAGUUCACAGAUCCUAGCCUGGGCAACCUUACCUACAGUAACCCCUCUUACCGGACAUCUACCCAAGAGGUAAAGAUUGAAACAGUUCCCAAGCCAGCCAUGUAUAACCAGCUAUGCUAUAAGGAGGCCGGACCUGAUCACAGUUACAGCAAGGAAAAGAUCAAGAUUGUGGAAGGGAUAUGCCUCUUGUCCAGCGAUGAAUCGGAGUGGGACGACCUGAAACAGAUACGGAGCUCUCGGGGGUGUAUCCUCCGUGACCACGUCUGCAUGAAGACUGACACGGUCUCUAUCCAAGCCAGCUCCGGCUCGCUGGAUGACACCGAAACUGAGCAGCUGCUGCAGGAGGAGCAGUCAGAAUGCAGCAGCAUCAACGCGGCAGCGACCCCCGAGCGCCGCGGCUCCCUUCCAGACACAGGCUGGAAGCACCAACGCAAACCCUCAACAGAGAGUGAUGUCUAAAGCACACAAUGAGACGCUUGUCCCUCCUCUGUCACCUUUCGCACUGAUGAGAUAGGAUCUUGCCCGCAAUUCCAGGAGGAACUCAAAAGAGACUUGCCUCUGUGUCACACAGAGCCCAGAGCCUUUCUUUCUGAGAGGAGCCUGAGCUUAAACUGCCUUUUGUGGCAGGUGGGAGACAACCUAGAGACUCUCUUGGCUCACUGAUGUUUAUUUAUAUAAUGUCCCCUUUUGCUAGAAGCUGUGGUGUUGAAUUCAGCAGCUGCUUUCCCAGCUGUGUCCGGUGCAGCUUUCACUCGGUCUAGUGCACCAGCUAGCCAUGGACUCCCAACGCCACCAGGGAGGGAUGAGAGUUUCUGAAGUUCCCUGAUACUACUACCUUUCUUCAGAGUCUGUUGGCACUAACUAGAUUUUGCACUGCGCUCUUUCUGUCUUAAAUGAAAGGGUUUGGGGCCAGGUAGAAGUGCCUGAAGUGAGAAAGGUGAUGUAACAGCGGGUCACUUUUGCAGAUACUUGUGCGGGGAGAGCAAACGACAGUUGUAACUUCACUGGAAGGGUCACUAAAUUACCACGACCCAUCUUUUUUCUAAGCGGUGGGGAAACACCUGUGAAAUCCAACCUAGGGUGUCAGGAGUUCAGAGGGUAAAGCAUUUGAGCCUGUUGCUGGCAACAGAGGUUGCUCCUGCCACAGUUCGGUAUGGCAGAAUGCCCACUCCCUUCCUAAAACAUACUUCUGGUUUUUGUCAGAUUGAACUUAACACAUCUGUUCCCUGGAGGGACGACUCGCUGUUUUUAUUGCACUUCCCAGUAGCUUUGACUUCUGAGGAAAGCACCGGGUGCAGUGGUAUUUUAUCAUAACCUUCCUUAGUUACUCAAGUCACAGGCCCAUCCUGUGGAAAUGUGUGCUACUGAAAACAACGUUAGCCUGUGGAACACAA